AUGCAUCUCUCCAAAACUCAUACAAUGAAAUUUUUGACUUCGAUAUCAUCGAAUGUCAGUCAAACCUUUGUUCGCACCUUAUUCAAUCCUUUUGGAUCAAAAUCAAUCGAAGCAGCCAAAGAUGCACAUUCAAAUCUAUUGACAAAUACCGAAAAUGUCUUCGAACUACAACAUCACACUGUAAAACCAAGCGCAAUGAAUGACUACGAAGCCAUCUAUUGCGACUACACAUCGCAAUUGAUUAAUAAGCAUGCUGCUAAUGGUCUUGUUCAUACCGGUUCAUGGAAAGUACACAUUGGUAAUGUACAAAAUCAAUAUGUACAUAUCUGGAUGUAUAAAAAUUUUCCUCACUUGGAUGAAUUUUUGGAUGGCAGUGACAAAGACAAUUCGAUGAAUGAUAAAUUAAAUAAUCAUAUCGUUAAACGGUCAAAUCAGAUUUGUCUUUCAUUUUCCUAUUUUGGUAUUCCUCAACCACGCUCAAAAUCCGAGGAUCAAUCGAAUCCGAACAUUUAUGAAAUGCGUUCGUAUUGGCUCAAGCCUGGUACAUUAAUCGAAUGGGGAAAUUUAUGGCACAAAGGUGUUCAGUAUCGUCCCGAUGCCAAAGUUCUCGGUGUUUUCUCCCAGAUCGGCGAACUGUAUAAUGUUCAUCAUAUGUGGUCGUAUAAGAACUUUCUACAUCGUAAACAAAUGCGUACAAAUGCAUGGGCUAAACCCGGUUGGUCUGAAAAUGUCGAGUAUACAGUCCCGUUAAUUCGAAAAAUGGAAUCAAAGAUUCUCGUACCAAUGAAAAACUCACCGAUGCAAUGA